AUGGGGGCAAGAGGCAGAGGUGGGGGGGCAAGAGGUGGGGUGCAAGAAGUGGAGGGGAGUGAGGUGGAUGUGGAGGGCCAAGAAGUGGAGGGGAGUGGGGUGAACGUGGAGGGCCAAGAAGUGGAGGGGAGUGAGGUGGAGGAGCGUGAAGCAGAGGGCGGAGAGAUUGGGGUGGUGGGUGAGCGGCGGCAGUGGUCGUGGGAGAUAGGGGUGGUGGUGAUAGACAGUGGAGGGCAGCAAGAGGUGGAGGUGGGGGGCGAGAGGCGGAGGUUGGGACGAGUGUUGGAGGUGGGGGGCAGAGGUGGAGGUGGGGGGCAGAGGGGGAGGUGGGGGGCAGAGGCGGAGGUGGGGGGAGGCGGAGGUGGGCGGCAGAGGCGGAGGUGGGGGGGCAGAGGCGGAGGUGGGGGGGGAGAGGCGGAGGUGGGGGGAGAGGCGGAGGUGGGGGGAGAGGCGGAGGUGGGGGGAGAGGCGGAGGUGGGGGGAGAGGCGGAGGUGGGGGGAGAGGCGGAGAUGAGUACAAAUGCCCUCCUCCAUCCCUCACUGGAUACACCCUUGUAUGCAGUGGUGGUGGUGGUGGUGGUGGUGGUGGUGGUAGAGGAGGAAGAGGAGGAGGAGGAGGAGGAGGAGGAGGAGGAGGAGGUGGUUGAGUUGCAUUUGCUGUGA